AUGAAUAGUUACAGUAGAAAUAAAAGUACUUAUUCUGCAGGUUUAGUAUCUGGCAACAUUUCCUCCAGUGAAACUCCUGUCACUGGAGGACAAAGAAAAUUACGUGAUUCUCAAUUUACCUUAUCUUCCGCUGAGAAUAACAGCAAUCUUAGUUUUCCUGGUAGGACCGUCAUCCAGGACGAAUCCGACGAGGACGACGACGAUGAGGAUAGCGACUGGGAUUUAGAACCCGAACUUGAAAUUGCCAAAGUCCAGCAAGCCUCAUUACUGCAUCGACGUAUCCCUUCACUUCGAAAGCAACCGCAGGUGGUGCCUGUUGUCAGUCAUAGCGCACCCAGUAAACCCAAAGGAUCGUCACCGUAUUAUUGCGAAGAAGUCGGACCUCAACUCGAUUUAGGUUAUCAAUGGCCUCAGGAUGUAUACCAGAAAUCACGAGGCUUUCGAAAGGUAUCACCCCGAGAUAAUCUAUCGAGACAACGCGAUAUUGAUCGCCGUUUACUGACAAACCGACACAAGUCCAAGAGUCGGUUGCUUUCAAUGACGGUAAAUCUAAAGGAAACAUUCAACACGAAUAAUCCUAAAUUCAAUUAUGACCAAGAAAAGAUCCCUAAACGAAUCUUGACAAAGCCAAGUAAACCGUUUCGAAAUGAAGGCAAUGAUAAUGAGAAUUUCGAUUAUAUCCUUAAAGUGAAUGAAGUCCUUGGCCAUGAUCCCAAUUUCAAGUAUAGAGUCAUUGAUAUUUUGGGUCAAGGCACCUUUGGUCAAGUGGUGAAAUGUGAACGUAUCUCAACAGGCGAAUUAUUUUCUGUUAAAGUCAUCAAGAACAAGAGUGCUUACAAGACCCAAAGUUGUAUGGAAAUCGAGAUUUUAAAAAAGUUGAAUACACAGUUAGAUCCAGAAGAUAAACACCAUAUAUUACGCUUACACCAUAUCUUUUCUCAUAAGAAUCACUUGUGUUUGGUAUUUGAGUUGCUUUCCUACAAUCUAUACGAUCUCAUUGGUCAUAAUCGAUAUAAGGGGUUUGCUCCCGAGAAAGUCAGAGCGUUUGCUGUGCAAAUCCUCGAUACCCUCUCUCUUUUAAAAGAGGCCAAAAUCAUCCAUUGUGAUCUCAAGCCUGAAAAUAUCCUACUCGAAAAUGAAAAAUCGCUGACGAUCAAGGUCAUUGAUUUCGGUUCGUCUUGUCACGAGGCUAAUCGAAUUUACACCUACAUCCAAUCUAGAUUCUAUCGGUCUCCCGAAGUGAUUCUGGGUAUGCGGUAUACGGGUGCCAUUGAUAUGUGGUCCUUUGGUUGCAUUGUGGCCGAAUUAUUCCUAGGCCUGCCUUUAUUUCCUGGAAGCUCUGAAUACAACCAACUCUUCCGUAUCGUCGAAAUGCUGGGCACACCUUCCAAGGACAUGUUGAGUAAAGGAAGAAACACAAACAAGUUUUUCAAUAAGAACAGUACGGGCUUUGACUCGUUUGAGUAUGAAUUAAAGAGUCGCGAACAGUAUAGUCACGAGAAUAGUAAAAAUGAGCUGCCUCGAAAAAAGUAUUUCCCACAGACACAACUCAAGGAUAUCAUCCUCAUGUACAAUAAUGGAAAACCCCAGUUGUCCAAAGAAGAAACCGAAAAGAGACGUUCUUCUGGCUCGGUGAACUAUUUGCGAGAAGAAGAAGAAAGACAGAAAGAAAUGGAAGCUAGGUUAUGUAUUCUUGAUUUUCUAUAUGGUGUGCUCGAAUUAAAUCCCUUGAAACGAUGGACACCUCAACAAGCACUUCAACAUCCAUUUAUCACACAGAAACCAUUUACAGGUCCAUUUAAACCCGAUGGCCAAAUCAAAUUUACUACCUCCAUUAGCAGUGCAUCCACAUUAGCUAAUUUCAAUCCAAAUGAAAAGCCCGUGCAUAGUGGAACUCGUAGAAGAGCUGAAUCGAUGAAUAAACCUGUGGCUCCCGAACAACUCCAAUUGAUCGCCAAAAAAAUCCAAUCUCCUAUUACCAAAUACCCCAAGGAACACGAUGGUUCUGACAAUGUCCAUCCUAAGCAGGCACCACCAUCGGAUGCCUACCGACAAAGAAAUACCCGGUCACAAGGAGAUUACAUUGGUUUAUUGCCGCCUGAGAUCCCUGUGGAAAAAAAGAAAGUGCUUCUGGAUGACAGAAAGGUCAAGAUUUCGCCUCAAAUUAAAGUCAGGACAGGGUCGCAUGAAUCCAUGCGUGUGCCUCCCAAUGACGGACAAACGGUACGUGGUGUGGAUGGCAAGUCGAAAUUCGGUAAUGUCAGAAAGUCGCAUGCAGGCGAAGCGGCGGGUGGGCUUCUCAUGAUGCGACAAAAGGAUAAUGAUGAUAUGGCGAAGCAACAAGUUGUACAGAAUGGUAAAAGGUCGAUGGCAGGUGCAUUUAAACGACGUUCACUUAAAUAA